AUGGACCUCCUCUCGAGUGUCCGUAAAUCCGGCUCCCGCGGCGGCGUCAACUUCUCCUGGGACGAGGUCGCCAACUCCAAUCACCGCGAAAACUACCUCGGCCACAGCCUCAAGGCCCCCGUCGGCCGCUGGCAAAAGGGCCGCGACCUGAACUGGUACGCCAAGGCCGACGACGACGCCAACGCCGGCGACAGCAACGAGACCCCCGAGGAGAGACAAGAGCGCGAGCGCCGCGAGGAGGUGCGCAAGAUCAAAGAGGCCGAGGAGGACGCGCUUGCCCGCGCGCUGGGUCUGCCCGUCCCGCAGCGUGACACGUCGGGAGCGAACGCGGUGGAGGUCAGCGGGUCGAGGGGUAUCGGCGCUGCGCCAGCACCGGAGCCGCAGCAGGAGCAGAAGGGCGGGCUUAUGGUCAAGGAGAAGAGGGAGCGACGGGACCGAGGAGAGCGAGGCGACAGGGACCGAGGCGAAGACCGGGAACGCAGACGACGACACCGCAGCCGCAGCCCGAGACGGGAGAGAAGGAGAGAUGACGAGAGGAGGCGGAGCCGUGAGAGGGGCGGAGACGAGCGACGGAGGAGAGAGCGGGACGGCGACAGGGACAGGGACGGCGAGCGACCCAGGGAUCGAGAUGAGGAUCGGGAGAGGCGGCACCGUAGGAGAAGCCGGAGCCAGGACCGCGAGCGGAAGGAGCACCGACGGAGGAGCAGAAGCAGAGAACAUCGGCACAGGGAUCGAAGGCGCAGCCCCGAUGAACGCCGUUAA